AUGACAGAUCAAGCGUCGAGUACAAUCAAUGAUCCUCUCCUCAUCCUCAAAAACGCGAAUAACAGUGUCGAGCAACUCCGAGAGGCACUAAAGACCAAAGACCCGUGGGACAGAGACGUCGAGUUUCUUCGUAGAGAUGCGCGGAGACAGUAUCUUCAUCUCAUUUUCAUGUUCCCAUACUCUCCACAGAGCCUUGCGCUCGAUAAUCCCAUGUGGAUAGAGACCUCGCAUGCAUCCAUUGCCGCCUAUCGCGCAAAAAUUGCCAUUCUAGACAAAGCAAUCGCCUCGAAAUCAAACCUCAAGGCAUCCAAUGAGGGCAGUUCUGUCGAAGGAUCCUCCAAGGCAAAGCAACAACACCACCACCAGCACGGAACCGUGGAGCAUCGCAAACUAGUCCAACGAUUCCGUCAAUUCCUAGCAGAAGAAGAAAAAUUUUGGUCUGCAUUCAUCGUCCGUUUCGUGCGCGCGUUUGCGUUGCAGGAAGCCGAGCCGCACCUGGACGCCCUGCAACUCAAAGCGGCGGCUGCGGACGAUCCAUCCUCGGUUCGCAAGAGCACGUUUCCCGAAGAGGGUAUACCGUGCGAACCUCCGGAGCAUCAGAGAGAGAAAAAGAUUGUCACACUCGUCAAGGCACUCAUCAGUCUGGGCGAUUUAGCGCGUUACAAGGAACAGUACAACGAACGACAAGGGCGCGCGAAGGUGGGGAGUGAAGAGCCAUUGUCUCGUUGGGCUACCAAGGGGAAUCGCAAGACCGGCGACAGCGCGCCACGACCGCGAAAUUACGCCCGCGCAAUUGCGUGCUACACGCAGGCGCGCCUACUCUAUCCAGAAUCCGGCCAGGCAUCGCAUCAACUGGCCAUUCUCUCUGCUUAUCAGUCCGACACGUUUGAGUCCAUCCUUCAUUAUUAUCGUUCUAUAUGCGUCAAACACCCGUUCGUGAUGGCCCAAGAGAACCUUCAUAGGACCCUUCUCAAGGCGUACGAGCUUCAGAAGAAUGAACCUGAAGAGGUUGUCAGUGAGCAAGAUCCCCCUCGCGUCGUCGUGGAUCGCUUCAAGCGAGGUGUUGUUCGUCUUCACGCUCUCUGGAGAGCUGUAGAUUCCUCUCUACACGGCAUCACUGGGAGCACUGUGGUCGCUUCGACUGCGAGCGAAGAGCAAGAAAGAGCCAAGGCCGUGGACGGUCAGAUGGAGAGCGUCAUUCUGGCACACGUGAUGGAUCUCCACCUUGGGCUUGUCAAAUUGGCUACCAAGGAACUAUCCUCGACUCCAGCGUCUGCAUCAGGGAUCCCUAGCACAGCACCGGCAGAGAGGAUUACGGCAGUCUUACGACGCAUUCUACAAUCGCUUCGUGUCGCAAGCAAGUGGGUCGUGGCAAAUCAAGACUAUCUCUCCCGCACUGCAAAUCCGGAAAAGGAACCCCAUCCGUCACUAGCUCGUACUCUUGGAGAGUUUUGGCCGGCAUACGCUACGUUCAUCACCACCUUGGCAACUACCUUUCCGAAACAAGACCUCAGAGGUGUCCCAUCCGUCGUACUUGAAGAAGAUGUGGAGCUUAGCGCUUUUACUCCGCUGAAAGGAUCCCUAAAGUCUGCUGCCAAGAACGGGUCCGUUGUCGCGCUGAAUCAAGUACAUCCGAAUGACGAGUAUCUACUACGCAUACGCGAUGUCUUGAAGGACGCUGUCACCCUUACCAAGUCCGAAGUAACACCCUUGACACAUCAAAAUGGUGUAUAUACAUCCCGAGCAGAAUCUCCGGCGCCAACUCCUAUCAGUGCCCCACGACGGGAUACUAUCACCGAAUUUCAUGCGCCGGGUGCUGCGUUGGGCAACGGUAAUUCGUAUGACUUGGUCGCUAGACCCGGAGAAGACGAAGACGUCGCCAGUGUCAGUACGGAGGAUCCUGUUACAAUGGCAAUGCGAGCGACUCUGGACCCAUCGGAGAAUGGAGAGUAUGACCAAGAACUCGACGAGGAGGAGGACCAAAUACUUUACCCUCAAGGAACUUGGACUAGGGUCGACCCGCGGUACGAUGCGACCCCAAUGCUCGGUCCACAUAUGACCUUAACAUCUACAUACCACCCUGUUGUCCCGCUCAGAGAUCCUCACGCGUUUAAUUUGGCCGAUCUAUCCACCCAUCCAGAGUUUGCACACUCUCACCCACCACAAUUACCGUCGCCACAGCGCGAAGUCUUUGGAGCCAGUGCAUCUCCUUUUGCAAAUGCUGCGAAUCCUCUUCCUCCAAUGCUUGGAUAUCAAGAUUCACUAGGUUUGACGCGGCCAUAUCUGCCACUCAUAUCCAGUCCUCCACGCCAAGUACCGCCUACACUUCCUUCUUCGCCAUACUUUGCACCUGGACCGAUCGCUCCUCCCAUACAAGCGCAGUCGCCGACAAAUUAUGCCAUGUACGGCAGCGGUACACCACUCACCCCUCUUCGGCAUGCACAGCGCCUGAGUAUUGGGCCCAACACACCUACGAAUAUGGUCUUGGCCGAAUUGUCGCCAACAACACCCCCGAGGACUGGACAAGAUUUGCUGAUGCGUGUGCUUGGAGGCGGAUCAGGUGCUGGAGCGAGUGGCACGUCGGCUGGGCGUGCUAGACAGUCGACCUCUCCUCCACGAGCGCGGAAUGCGUCUCCGGAGAGUCGACCGCCGUUACUCUUUGGAGCGUCCAACGGCAAUUCUAUUUGGGCACCUUGA